AUGCCGGAAGAAGAAUUGAAGGAGGGAGCCCAAUACGGUGCCUUGCCAUUUGAUUAUUAUGUCACAGAACAUUGGCCUGAGGGAGUAAAGGAGAGCCCCCAGCAAUGGGAGCAACUAGCGUGGAAAUAUCAAGAGUUGUCGCUUAUUGAUCGAUUUGGCUAUCAUGAUAGGGCGAGAUUGGUCCUUGCUCAGAUAGACUCCCCUAAUUUCACGAAUGAGCAGAUCGAAAUUUUGAGCAUUCACCAAUCAAUCGAUGAGCGAAAUAUUUGUGCAAAUGAAGAAGGUACUAUGCAGACAGUCUGGCUUCGGACUUGCUACGAUAAGAACCUAUGCGAAAAAUACGAAGAUAUGAAGGCCGAGGGUAUGAUCGACGCUGAGAUCGGUCCUAAUCGGUACCUCGACGAUAGCAACCGCUACGCCUUUGACGACGGAACGCUAGAUCAUUGGCGACAGGUUCUCGUCCGAGUGCCAGGUAUCACGGAUUUUAUGGGUAUCGAUAACGAAAGCGGUGUCCUUAAAUAUCGGUCGUGCCAGAAUGACGAUGAGAUUCGGGCCCAAUGUGAGGAGCUAGAAGAUGAGGAAGAUAGAACCUUGGCCCUUAAAGAGCUGGAAUUCCAGGUUGUGGUGUACCUAUUGGACCGCGAGGCUAUCGAGACGGGUUUGAUCAAGAUGCUUUGGUUAGACGAGCACGGCAACAGCGCAUGGGAGAAUCGAGUAGAGCCAUCUACUGUGGAACCGCUUGCCGUAGCUUUUCUUGGUGCUAGUCAGCUGAGCGAAAUGUCAGGUGGAAGCUCUGGCCGAGGAUCCUUGAUUAGACAAUAG